AUAGUGGCGUUGAGCUAUUUACCUCCCUAGCAAUACUUGCUCGGAAUGGCUUCCAACUCUGGCUCAAUGGACUUCCCUGAGUUGAAGGAUCUUGCUUCUGGCAGUGAUUUUGGAUUCAGAAGCAAGCUGAGAGCACUCGUUGUAGAUGAUAACAGUGUGAUCCGCCUGUAUAUGGUAUCUCUUCUGAAAGACGUCGAUGUCGAAACCGACGAAGCAGAGGAUGGGAAGGCAGCUGUAAGUCGAUUUCUCGAAGGAAAAACCUAUGAUAUAAUUCUGAUGGACAAGGACAUGCCUCAAAUGAAUGGAGUUCAGGCUGCAAGAAAACUGCGAGAGAUGGGCGUCAAAGCCAAGAUAGCGGGCGUCACUGCACACUCAACUGAUGAAGAAAAGCGAGAGUUUUUGGAAGCUGGAAUUGAUGAUUUUUUUGUCAAGCCCAUAACGAGGCCCCAGUUGAUCAAGCUGCUCAAAGAAGUCGGCAACAAGUAAAGGUCGCACCAGCAAACCGAAAAAUAAAAGAGGCUUCGGCUGUGUCAUCUUAGCCUCUCUUUUCUAAUAAGAGUCUUUACCUGCUCUGUUUUCUUGGCUAGGCUAAGCCCAGAGUCUUGUGUUUCUGGUAAUAAAACAUAACAUGUAGUUAGUAUGGGACUAAAUGCUUUGUAAGAAUUCUCUUUGGCACCAAUAAAUUAUGCUUUAAUAAGGUGAUAA